AUGCAUUGUAAUUUAUUUAAAUUAGCUGAGUUUUUGUUUUUUACAGUUGGUAUUAUAACUAUUUCAUACAGGAUAUCAACAUAUCAUGAUCCAGAAGUUGUUAAAAAGAAAAAUGGAUUUGGUUCAAAAUUGGUUAUUCCAAUUUAUUUUACAAUAAUCAGUAUUCAUUUACUGAUGUUGGUCCUUGUUGGAAUUUCAGAGGGAUACAAGUCAAAUAGAAUGUUUUAUCAAUCAACUAGAUUUUUUACAAGAAUGUACUCAAUUGUAAUGAGUGUUUCAUUCUCUGCUGCUUUUUUGAUAUAUGGUUUCCUAGUUGGUAGACAACAUAAUAAUUCUUUCCAAUUUUAUUCAUGUGCUUUGGUUUUAGGUUUAAGUUUUUUGGCAAAUGAUACCAAAGCCAAAAUAACGAGGCAACAGAAAUUACUGGAACGUACCAUCAGCACUAUUUCAGAUACCCAAUCAGAAGUUUCAAAUUCAAGAAAGAUAUCAGAUGAUGACUUUCAUUCACCUUAUACCACUAGAACUGUUAUCUUUUGA